AUGAUACUGCGUAGCAUGUCCACUGCAAAGGCUCUUGCCGCCCAAACUAUGCCAUUAGAAGACCUGCUUUCUUCCAAUGCUGGACAUUCCAUUUGGGAAUUCUGUUCCUUUCACGAUCGUCAAAAGCUCUUUUGCACCAGUCGAACGCUGCGAGCAUGUAAGGAAAAAGUGGUGGCAACCACCGAUUGGAAAGCGCUGGAAGAGUUGGAAUUUCUAAGAGCAAUCCAAGCCGUCGAUAAAAAUUCACCCUUAAUCAAGGAGAUGGAACCUUUCAUUCGGUCCGGCAACUAUUAUUUGGUUCGACACACCUGGAAUCGUAUCGCCGAUGCUGUGUAUCCAUCUGUCAAGGAAGCCAUGGCGGACGCUGUGGAUUUUAGUUUGACGUUCUACAUGAAUGAAUCAUUCGAAGAGGGAUGGGAGGGUCUGUUAAUCAACGAACAAAUGGAGAAUGGAAUGAAGUUCUUUCAUAAUGCUGAUGAGGAGGAGGAAGACAACUACAAGAAAAGGAAAAAGCGCAAACGAAAACAACAUACUUGUGUCAAUGGACAGUUUUGUGCUGCUGCCCAAAGUGGCAAUGCCAUUGAGAAAUAUUAUCGCGUCAAUCUGAAUCAUCAGAAAAAACAAUCCGCAUUUCGAACGUUCUGUGGCAAGUGCAUCGAUCAGAAUCUAUUCCUGGCUGUAAGGUUUGCUGCCUUUCAUGGAAUGGAUUUUAACGUGAACUGGGGUUUGGCCCAGUUAGUGGAUGGUGACAACGAUCCUCUAGACGAGGAAGAUGAGGAGUACUCCCCUGAUGACGUUGGGCGAGUGGUAGAAGAACCGAUUGGCACCAAAAAGAAGGCGCUGGAAAUAUGUCUUUGGGAGUGGAAUAACCAGGAGUGCGAUCAACGCAAGGUUCUUUGGUUUGUCGGAACAAGUGAGGGCACUGACUAG